AUGAUCGUACGUUCCAACCUCAACGCUCACGUUAUUUGUCUCAUUCUUUCAAGAUUACAUCAUACUGAAAAUUCAACCGAAGCCAUUUCAUUGAUCACUAAUUUUCUCUCACACACUCAGAACAUUGAUUUUCUUUCUGUAUAUUCCACACAAGCAGAAAACACAAAUUCUCCAUUGACAUCCGUACCAACAACAACAACACCAACUAAACAUGAAAAUUCUUUCAUGCUUGCUUGUACUUUGCAAUAUUGUAAAGAAUGUUUAAAUGAAAUGAUUCAUCGAAUGAAUAAGGAUCCGACAUUAAAGUUGGAUCUGGAUUAUGUGAAACAGCUGUUGAAACCACUUCAAGAAUUUGAUGUUUUUCUUUGGUUGACAACAAAGCAAGUGGUACAAAAACAGUUAUCCAUGUCAUCGCAAGAACAUAUUAACUCCUCACAAGAACCACAAUAUCAACAGAACAGUAGCUCGAUACCUUUUCCUUCACAUGUCAUGACAAGACAACAAGGACCAACUUUGUUACCGCAUUUACUCAACAUGUCCAAGAUGAAACAAAUGGAACAUGAUUCGCUUCUUAAAGAAAUUCACCAACAAACUACCCUGAUUCCGCAAUUACUGUCCAUGAGUGAAAGGUAUCAGAAAGAUCAGUUAGAGAAGAAAGAGAAAGAGAUUGAAAGUUUGACAGAAAUGCUCUCCGAAGCCACAACAAGAUCAAACCUCCUCGAACAGGCCCUUGUUGAUAUGGAGAAGACUUUACACAAACAACAACAAGAAUUCUUGACACAAAUUGAGAAACAACAGAUAGAAAUUGAAACAUUGAAGAAAAAUUUGCACAACAAGGAAUCAGAAUUUGAUCACGCUACAGUGUUAAACAACUCUCAUGAAAAUUCCAAAAUCCAGUUGGAACAUCAAGUUGAAUCAUUGUCUCAAGAACUCCAAAUUGUGAAGGAAUCAUUGAAUUGUGCGAGAAACGAAAACGAGAAAUUAACUUGUCAACAUCAUGAUACUGUCAAAGAGCUAGAGGAACACACAAACAUUGCUACACAGCAAAUUCAAGAGUUGACCAAAGAGAAGGACAGCUUAGCACAUGCGAUGAAUGAAUUAAGACACACGUUGCAUGAAAAAGAAGAGCUAAUCAAAUACCAAGAAUCUCUUUAUAAGCAGUUGCAAGAGAAGGUAAUAUCAACCACCAUAGAAUUGAUAUCUAAAACGAAGGAUCACGAACACUGUCAACAACAAGUUGUUCGUUUAGAGAAAGAGUUGGAUCACUUGACCGAAUCGAAAGAAAAACUUUCAAAGGAGAAGCAACAACUGUCAGAGGAGGUCAAGAAUAUCAAUGGUAAUCUCAACGCAAAAUCCAUCGAGUUGACUGAAUUGAACGAAAAGCUCGAAAAAGUGAAAAGCAUGCUAAAGGAAGCAUAUACAACACAGUCCAAUCUGAAAACCAAUUUCGAGAAAGAAAAGCAAGAGUUGUUAUCGAAGGUCGAGAAUCUUGAAGAAGAAAAGAACAAGCUUGCGUCUAUGAAUGAACUAUACGAAAAAUCGAAAAACAUGUUGAAGGAUGCCUUCAUCAAGGAAUCAAAACUCAAAUCAGAUUUUGAACAAGAAAAGCAAACACUCUUGAAACGAAUCAAUACUCUCGAACAAGAGCUCAAGAAUACCCCAAAGAGUGCUCCGCCAUCUAUUCAAGUAGACACAGUACCAACUGUGCCACACACUUCCGCAACAGCAAAUAUUGAGGAAGGAUUGUCACCUGCGUUGAGCGAAGCCUCGUCCGUCACUUCAACCAAGUCGUACGUAUUUGUCCAAGAACUUGAAGAUCUACUUGACAGCGUUGAGGAUGGUUCUGUAACAGAUCUAGAAUUUUCAGCAGUGUAUUGUGACUUUAAAGAUCUGGAUCGUCAGCAGCUGAUUGAUGUUGGUGAAGUGAUUGAGAUAUCAUCUCACUUGAAGAGCUUGGAUAUUUCUAACAAGGGAUGUGAUGAUGCGUCUGCCAAGACCAUUUUCUCAGCACUUACUAAGAACGAGCGUAUCACAUCAGUAGACAUGUCAAACAAUACGUUGAUCGGUGACGGCUCACUUCCAGAAUUAUGUAACUUGCUUGAGAAAAAUAAGAAGUUGCAGAGCCUUAAACUUAUGGGCACAUCUUUCUCUGCCGAUGGCACGAGAAAUAUCCUCUCUUCACUCUUGACCAACUUUUCUCUUCACACCUUCAACUUGAAUAUUUACUGCUUGAACGAGGAUGAGAAGGCCAAGUUUAAAAAUCAUCUCAAAAACAAUAACAAACAUUAA